CUGCCAACAAUUGAAAAUCCAAUAGAUGAGUCGGCGGAAAUGGCAGAGCCAGUCAUUGAGUGACUGUUCUCGAGGUAAUGGAGAUUGUUCUUGAUCCCGUUGUUGACGAGAUGGUGGAACCAUUCGUUGAGUCGACUGUUGAUGAGGUGGUGGAGCCAAUCGUUGAGUCAACUAUUGAUGAGGUGGUGGAGCUAUUCAUUGAGCCAGUUUUUGAGGAGAUGGUGGAGCCAGUUGUUGAGUUGAUGGUCAUACAUUAUGCUGAUCCGGAUACGACCUUUGAGGAUGUUUUGCAGAUAGCUAUCCAGGCCACUACUGCUGCUCAAGUGGUAUCGCGACAUCUCCUACUAUGGUGGUCACUCCUUCUACAAAGUUUAUGACGCAGAGAGAUGCAGAACCAUAUGAGGAGGUGCUGAUAGCAACAUCUUGGGAGAGGGCUUAGAAGAGUGACGAUGAGAUUAUAACCCAAGUUUGGGAGAGGACUGCGAAGGAGGCAGAGAAGCUAUACUCCCUCACAUCUUCAGAUUGGAUAGAAACCCUAAACACUCCAAAGUUCCAGAGGUAAAAAAGCACCCACUAGUUGAGUCAGUGUACAAUUUGUCGAAGAUUGUGUCGACGAAACUUGACAAUACGACUCAUCGCGUGGUUGAGUUCAUCUUCAGUUCCACUAAUGAAAAUGGGUAAGUGUCACAUUAUAUCAUGGUGUGGUCAAUUUCAAUCCAUCCAACACACAUUUGUAACCCGGUUUUCAUUUAUGUUUUAUAGUAGCAACUAUGUCACGGAGGCUCCAAACUCUAGGCUUGCCCGUUUCCACUUCCUUACAUUGAAGCGCACAACUUGGGUGCAUAGCCAAAUAGUUGAAGCAUACGAGCAAUACCUAAACAUCAACAAAGUACAACAUGGGAUGGUGAAGAGAAUUGUCUUCCCAUGGAGGUGUGCUCUUCACUACUUAGAUCUCAUUUAUAUUGAAAAUGUCUAAUUUGAUAUUGUUGUCCCUUCUACAUAGCAACAUGUUGUGGAUGAUGCUAUAAAAAAAUGGCCCAUGGAGAACUCAGUGCAAUAGUUGCUUUGGCCAAAAGGAAUCCACUCUGAAAUGUGCAAACUUGGAAACAUGUGAUUAUGUAGGUGAAUGUCGGGAUACUUGUCUGUGAUGCACGGAUGUUAAUUUGGUUAUCUAUGAAUUAGAAUUACUAUGCUUUCCUCCUUGGCAGCCAAAAACCCAAUGUCGGAGCGGCUAAAGUGGAUCAUGCACCACUUGAGAGAAAGAUUGUUUAGUAUGGGGCAACGUUCUUAGCAGAAUAGGGGGUCGAUUGUGCAAUGGAUGAGUGGGAAUUCAAUGUUGGCAAUGUUCCUCAGCAGGUUGGAAACGAUGAUUGUGGAGUAUUUGCAUGCCUUUACAUGAAGCAAUGAGCAGGUCACCUUCCAGUGGAAUAUAAAGCAAGUUGGCUUAAGGAGCAGCACAUGAAGGAACAACGAGCACGCAUUGCGGCCAACCUCCUUCUCUAGCACUGUAAUCGCCGCAAGGAAGAAAUAAUUGGAUUGGAAAAUGAUUGCGAUGCACAGAAGGAGAAAGGGAAAAAGGAAAAGAAGGUGAUAUUUUGAUUUGUGUAGUAUGAUAUUGGUCUGUACAACUGCACAUAGGGUUGGAUAAUAUUUUGGUGAAAGAUACUGGUUUGUAUCAGAAUGGAUAAUGUUUUGGUUAAGGAUGAAUAUAAUUAACAACAGACUAAUAUCAGUUCACUGAGCAAUAUAUAUCCAAACCACACAAACAAAUAUCCGACAACAUGAACUAAUAUCGUUUCACAUCAUGAACUAAUAUCAGCUCUGACAAAACAAGUACCCACACUAACCAAUUUAAUAUCCGACCACAUAAGUUCUAAUUGUUGUCUCAGUAGGACAUAAUAUGCUCAGCCAAACCAAAGUAUUCUUCAUGGAAAAUCCACUUUAUUUAGAUCGAGAAAAGCAUACGCUUUUAUAAAACCAUGUGUUAUAACUCGAAUCCGUCAUCAAUCAUAUUUCCUAUAGGCAAAGCAGUUAAAAUCAGGAUUUUACCUAAAAUCGAAAACUGGGGUAAAAUCGGAAUUGUAAAAUUGAAUCGUAGAAUCGUAGGAUUUUAAGUACCAUAUAGAAAUUAAAAUAUAAUAAGGUAAAUAAU